AUGUCAUCAUCUAAGAUUCCACUUUUUAAAAUGAAGGACCUGGUACUGAUCCUGUGCUUCCUGCACAUGAGUGUCGCAGUGCCGGUGUUUCCUCAGCAAUCUGGGAUCCCAGGCAUGGCUAGUUUGAGCCUUGAGACAAUGAGACAGUUGGGGAGUCUGCAGGGAUUAAACACACUUGCUCAGUUUUCUAGAUUUGGCUUUGGGAAAUCAUUUAAUUCUUUGUGGAUGAAUGGUCUCCUCCCGCAACACUCCUCUUUCCCAUGGAUGAGACCAAGGGAACAUGAAACUCAACAAUAUGAAUAUUCUUUGCCUGUGCAUCCCCCACCUCUCCCAUCACAGCCAUCCCUGCAGCCUCAACAGGCAGGACUAAAACCUUUCCUCCAGCCCACUGCUGCAAACGCCAUCCAUGCAACAGAACAGAAAGAAGGGCCUCAGCCUCCAAUCCACCUGGGACAGCUGCCCCUGCAGGAAGGAGAACUGCCUGCGAUUCAGCAGCAGGUGGCACCGUCAGAUAAGCCACCAAAGCCUGAGCUCCCAGCGGUGGAUUUUGCUGAUCCACAAGGUCCAUCAAUAUUCCAAAUAGCCCGUUUGAUAGCUCGGGGACCAAUGACACAAAAUAAACAAUCUCCACUUUAUCCAGGAAUGUUUUACAUGUCCUAUGGAGCAAAUCAACUGAAUGCCCCUGGCAGACUUGGCAUCAUGAGUUCAGAAGAAAUGGCCGGAGGGCAAGGAGGCCCCAUGGCCUAUGGAGCCAUGUUCCCAGGAUUUGGAGGCUUGAGGCCCAGCCUUGGCGGACUGCCCCACAAUCCAGCCAUGGGUGGGGACUUCACUCUGGAAUUUGAUUCCCCCCUGGCUGCAACCAAAGGCCCUGAGAAGGGAGAGGGAGGUGCACAAGACCCCCCCAUCCCGGAAGCCAACCCAGCCAAUCCGGAAAACCCAGUUCUCCUUCCAGAGCUGGCACAUGAUGCCCAUGCAGGGCUCCUGGCUUUCCCUGAGGACAUUGACCCCAGCCUGGCAAGGGGCCCCGUGGGGCAGAGGAAGGGACCUCCCAGUGUCACCCCAGCAGCUGCUGAUCCACUGAUGACCCCUGAAUUAGCUGAUGUUUACGAGACCUACGGUGCUGAUAUGACCACACCCCUGGAAGCAACCACAGAUAGCACAGUGACCCCAGACCCUCAGGAAACAUCUAUGCCAGGAAGCAAAGCCCAGCAGCCCCAGAUUGUGCAUGAUGCGUGGCAUUUCCAAGAGCCCUGACAGCCCUGAGAUAGCAGCCACCUUCUGUAGGCACAAGCUUCCCAGCUUUGUCCCCAUAGUGUGCCUUUUUGCUAAAACCCUUAUUACCCUUCUGCA